AGAACGCUCUCGCGAGAGCCCGGCCUGCGAUCUUGUGGCCGCCCCCUGUUCCCCGACCUCCCGGCUGCGCUGCAGGGUCAGCUUCGCUCGGCCUCGGCGUCACUCUUCUCUCCCCGGCGCUCCCGGCUCGGCCGCCUUCCACCUUCUGCCCGGCCUAGGCCGCAGCCCCGGGCCCGCGUCGCGCUGCCCCCUAUGGGCCCCGGCUGAGGAGCCGCCGCCGGCCGUGGAGCCCUGAUGCUGGCCCGGAGGAAGCCGGUGUUACCGGCGCUCACUAUCAAUCCUACCAUCGCCGAGGGCCCGUCCCCCACCAGCGAGGGCGCCUCCGAGGCAAACCUGGUGGACCUCCAGAAGAAGCUGGAGGAGUUGGACCUGGAUGAACAGCAGAGGAAGCGGCUGGAGGCCUUCCUUACUCAGAAGGCUAAGGUCGGUGAGCUCAAGGAUGACGACUUUGAGAGGAUCUCAGAACUGGGUGCUGGCAAUGGCGGAGUGGUCACAAAGGCCCGGCAUAGGCCGUCAGGCCUCAUCAUGGCUAGAAAGCUGAUCCACCUGGAGAUCAAGCCGGCCGUGCGCAACCAGAUCAUCCGGGAGCUGCAGGUUCUGCACGAGUGUAAUUCGCCCUACAUCGUGGGCUUCUACGGGGCCUUUUACAGCGAUGGCGAGAUCAGCAUCUGCAUGGAGCAUAUGGAUGGUGGCUCACUGGACCAGGUACUGAAGGAGGCCAAGCGGAUCCCUGAAGACAUCUUGGGGAAGGUCAGCAUUGCGGUGCUCCGGGGUCUGGCGUACCUCCGAGAGAAGCACCAGAUCAUGCAUAGAGAUGUGAAGCCCUCCAACAUCCUGGUGAACUCUCGUGGGGAGAUUAAGCUGUGCGACUUUGGGGUGAGCGGCCAGCUGAUCGACUCCAUGGCCAACUCGUUUGUAGGGACGCGCUCCUACAUGUCCCCAGAGCGGCUGCAGGGCACCCACUACUCUGUGCAGUCGGACAUCUGGAGCAUGGGGCUGUCGCUGGUGGAGCUGGCCAUCGGGAGGUACCCCAUUCCCCCACCUGAUGCCAAGGAACUAGAGGCCAGCUUUGGCCGGCCUGUAGUGGACGGGGCAGAUGGAGAGCCCCAUAGUGUCUCACCGCGGCCCAGGCCCCCUGGACGCCCCAUCAGUGUAGGUCAUGGGAUGGACAGCCGACCGGCCAUGGCCAUCUUUGAGCUGCUGGACUACAUAGUGAAUGAGCCACCUCCCAAGCUGCCUAGUGGUGUGUUCAGCUCAGACUUCCAGGAGUUUGUGAAUAAAUGCCUCAUUAAGAACCCAGCAGAUCGAGCAGACCUGAAGCUGCUGAUGGCCCCUAAGAAAGAAAGCCAUGCUAGGCACAGAUGUGAGCACCCCUGCUCCACCCCAGAGACUCAGAGAUGAACACAGAAGUCCAUACCCACCAUGCCAGUAUUGAGAAGGCCAGCUCAGGCACACACCCAUCUCCCCAGCACUCUGGGAGGUGAGGCAAGAAGAUCAACAUUUCAGGGUCAUCUUUGACUAUAUAGAAGUUCAAGGCCAGCUUUGGCUACAUGAGCACUGCUUCAAAAAGAGAAAGCGGCAGUUGGGUGGUGCUCUCACACACCUUUAGCCCCAGCACUCAGGAGAUAGAGCCAGGCAGAUCUCUGAGUUUGAGGCCAGCCUGGUCUGCAGAGUGAGUCCAGGUCAGCCAGGGCUACACAGAGAAACCCUGUCUCAAAAAGCAAAACAAAAAACCGUAGACAUCCAAGAUAGGGGAGUGGUGUGAGUGGCCUUGCUCCCUGUGACCCUCUCUCAUGGCCUCCUGUGUCCUUUCCACCUAAGUCUACCCUGCCAGAGAGUCAGCAGUAGGGUCCUAGGGGCCAGCCUUCUAACUCUGGAAACCUGCCUCAGGCUCUCAUAGUCACAGGCUGGAUCAGAGACCGCCAGGCCACCUGAGCAGGCCUGGUUCUCAGGCUGUGACUGAUGCUCUGC